CAUCGACCUGUCCUCCAUGCCGCUGUUUGACCCCAAGACCAAGUCUCAGUUCGAGACCCUGCGCGAGGUCAUCGCCCCCAUCAUCGCCGGCAACUCCAAGAAGCCCCAGUACGCCCUCUUCAUGGUCGAGUUCGUCAAGGCUCUGUCCAAGGAGAUGCAGUCCGACCAGAUCAAGAAGGUCGCCAGCGCCCUGACCACGCUCAGCAACGAGAGGAUGAAGGAGGAGAAGGCCAACGCGGGCGGCGGCAAGAAGACAAAGGCGGCCAAGACCAAGACCACGCUUGCCAUCGCCCGGCCCUCAGUCACCGACACCACCGCCUAUGACGAGGAAACUUUUGGCGAUGACGAUUUCAUGUGAAAAGAUUGACCCCAAGACUGCACAUGGAGUCUUUCUUGCCGUCCCCGCAAACUAUCUCCCGCGCGGUAUUUGGUUUAGGGAGACCCAAGCUUCUGGGUCAACGCUUGACCCAGACCACCCGCCCUUGAUCAAGCCACUAGGCCUCGCUCAGACCUUGCCAACAGUAGCGUUCACUACAGCCAUACUUCCAUAUCAUUCAUGCCUGCAGUGGUGUGAGCGGCGAGGCGGAGCCGAGGGAGGGAAGGCGGCGAGAAUGGACGGAUAUUCCUGUUUUGCGGAUGGUUUCCCUCCCGAGAAAGCAACAAAACUAAUUGGGGGAACAAGUAUUAGACAAAUUUGCGAGGUUAUCAAUUUUUUAUCAUGCAAAGACGGCAGAAUGACAUAGAGAGAGACCCGGCACUUACGUCCGGACAAGGAUAGCUACCCCAAUGAUACGAAUGCAAGUGCUUUGCAGGUCUCGAC